CAUAAAAGGAGGCAUCAUCCCUUGCUCGAGCAAGGAAGGAAGAAUCAGUCUGCACAGUGCACUCCUGCCGCUCCGUGCUCUUCUCCCCAUCGAUAGAUAUGAAGGUCCUGUUCUGGAUGGCUGCAUUGCUCUGCCUGGCCCUGGUCCUCCAGCUGGCGGCAGGCCUCCCUGCCUACGGAGGUCCGCUUUCGCACUUUAACCCAAGGCUUCAAUACAAACUUGGGCACGACCGCUUCCUCACCAUUCGCGAUGGAUACGACGCUGCUUACACCUCCGUCUGACUCAACCCGUCACUGAGCCUCCUCUCUCGUCACUUGACUUAACUGGACUGUCCGCGCUUCCCUACUUAUUUUUAUAUCCUGUUACUGAUGUAUUAGUUCCUCAACUUGAUGCUGAGAACCCCAAGAAAUACUAUUCUGAUCUCUUUUGUCUGUGAAAUGCAGCCAAGUCAAAAUAAAAUGUAUUUUUCUG